ACUCUUCUCGCAGCCUCGCAGGAUCACAGCGCUAGACGGCAGUCAGGACUUCAAAUGAACUUCGUACCAAUAGGCUCAAGAACGGCUCAUUAAAACCGUUUGAAUGGUUGGUUCCCUAGUCUGAUAAAUUGGUGUGGGCUCUAUCCACUACGUAACUGUGGAGGCGGGAGAGCCCAGUUGUGAUAAUGGUGAAAAUAGGGUGCGUAUCUACUCUUACAGCAGUAUAUUUAAAAUGAAUGGAUAUUAACCACGGCUGGGCGCACGAUGGCGCAUCUCAGGAUGUGCAGCCCCUGACUGCUGCUGUGACUCAUCUGAACGGUUCAUUUAGAGUUGGACCAUGCAAUCGGUCAGAGCUUCAGUAUCGUUCAGUGGAGGGACCGCUAUGGAAUUUUGGGAGGGCUGCACUCCGUUCAAAAGCCAUUCCGAAAGCGUGCGACAUAACUAAAGUUAUUUCACUCUGGUUCUUGCGGUUCUUGCAGAGUUCCUGCCGCUGCAGCAAAUCAGUCUGAAGAGUGCGAACUGCAUCGUCCGUAAAGCAAAGUUGUCAAUGCAUUAACUUCUAAACCCCCGCAAAAAGAGGAAGUGUUUUGCAGUGGCUGACCCUUCAGAAAAUAACAACUGCUGUAACCAGUGGGAAACAUGUACUGUUUUAUUCGUUUGAUCAUCUUGGAGAAUUUUAUCACUUCAAUACAGGGGGCAAACGUAACACGUAACGCUUCACCAGGCAGUUCGGUGACAUUUCCUGGAAUGGAUGAGAAUGAAAUGAGAAUUACUCAAGUAAUUCAUUGGGAAAAAGUGCCAGAACACCCCGGGAAUGUGACCUCCAUGGAUCCAUUUCUCAUGUUUCAUGUGGGAGCAAAGAAACCUGCCUUAAUAAAAAAAUACUUGGGACGCAUCGACUUUUCCCCAUCCAAUGGAUCACUUGUAUUCAGGAAUCUGACUUACGCAGAUGCUGGUUGUUAUAGACUUUCCAUCAAUCUACGAACAAGUACUAUUCACUAUGUUUGCUUGAAUAUAAUAGAUGAACUGUCCAAACCUUCCAUCUGGAUCAACAGCAGCUCUCUGCAUUCCCCCAUCCAGCUCAGCUGUAAUGUUGAUGGAGAUUCUCUGAGCUACCAAUGGCGGAAAGAUGGAAAGGAGGUCUCCCAGGAUCAGCUGAUGGACGGUAACAAAAGCCUUGUUAUCCGGAGCGCUUCCAGAAGUGACUGUGGAACUUACACCUGUAAUGUCACCAACCCUGUCAGCACUGUCCGGGCAUACUACUCGCUAACUAUUCACGGUCUUCCUCUGGUGGAGACCGUCAUCGUGGCCACAUCAAUUAUCGGAAUAAUAUUUUCUGCUGUGGCAUUUUUUGGUUUGCUGCUACUGUGCUGCUUUGGGACAGAAAUGAGAAGAGGUUCACUGAGGCAGCCCAAAUACUUGUUUUUGCUCCUGUUUAUCUGUAACACUCUGUCUCUUGUUGUUAUCUCCAUUGCCCUCAUUUCCUGGAUUGCAAUAAAAGGAGCUAGCUCUGCACCUGUGGCAGCCCUAUUCAUUGUGGUUGUCCUGCUGCCUUUGAAUGGGUGCCUGACCAUCAUCAUUUGGAAUCUGGGCUGCCAGUGUAUCAGAAAGUUCUUAGACUGCACAGGUUUACGAGCUUCAAUUGACUUGGGUUGCAUCAUGAGUUCCAUCCUUGUGAUCGCUAUUUCCAUCGUUAUCCUCGCUGAGGAGAUUCAGCAAAGCAAUCAAGGCUGUCAUGUGUCAUAUCUAACCUGGAGCACUGUGGCCCCAUUGAUCAUAGUUGCUGCGAUAAUCUUCUUUUCAUUCUUAAUAGUAUGGAAGAGAGAUAGCAGUUCAAGCAGUGAAUCCAACGAUCAAGAAGUACAACCGGAAAUGAUAAGAAUGAAUCCGCUACCUCAAGGGCCAUCUGAGAAUGGAGGCGAUCAAUGAUAUUUAUUUGCUGUCUUCCAAUAACCUCCAUCAAUCGCACAGCCACGCAUGUCAUGAUGCAUGCUGGCAAUGUUGGAACCCAAGUUGUGGAGGGAAACCAGACGCCAAUGGUGACCAGAUUUUAUUCACAAUAAUUCCAACAGAGCAUCAGAGGCUCGGCUGAGUGACCCCAUGAGACACAACACAACAUUCUCAAAACUAGAACCCCACCAUUAGUCCCAAUUGGGCAUCUGCUUCGAUAAUACGAGUGACAUGCAAUCCCCGAACCUGUCAAAACAAACUUGACAAGCUUAAACAGAAAACACUAGGACACCACGUUACAAAGAGCAAGUCACUUGAGAAAAAAAACACAAGGAAAACUAAAUGAUUAACGACUCUUGUUGAACAAUUACCAAAUUCUGUUGUCCUAAAAACCUCAGAGCCAUACGCUCUCUAGUUCCCUGCACAGGCCCAAAGAGCUUGUUACAACGCAUUGUCUAGAGGAACCCAGCAUGUUAAGCUGCAUUGGCAGAACUGGUGAUGGUUUUGGGUCUUUCUUAAAGAUCCCAUGGUAUUUCACAGCACUACUCCCACCAGAGCCAAAAUACUUGAAAUCAGAUGUACACACUAUUUUCUAUCUCCUGCACACUUCCAGCUGAGAACACUUUCUGCAACUAUGGUUAGUGUGACACUAUUGCAAUGGCAGUGAUCCGGGUUCAAUUCCCACCUCUAAGGUGCCUGUACAGACUUCCCGUGACUGCAUGGUUUCCUCUAGGUGCUUUGGUUUCUUCCCACUUUCCAAAGGUACUUGGGUUGGUAGGUUGUUUGGUCCCAUGAAGCUAAUACGGCUCAUUAGAAAGAUGGCGGGCUCUUUGCACCAUCGUCUUCUGGUAACAAGGUGAUGCAUUCAGAUGCAGCAGCCUGUUCAGUGACGAACAAAGGUGCUUUUGUCUUUUUUUAAAAUGUCUUCUUUACGAUUGUGAGACAAUGCUGGAAUUAAGAACUUCACAUACUACAUGUCUAUCCCAUCAGCGAGCAGCUCAGCAGUGGUGGACGGAUAUUCGGUGCAAAGAAAAGGUAAUUAACAAAUGGACAUCCUGAUUGGAUCAUAGAGACAAGAGAAAUCAGCAGACAAUUCUGAUAUGUCUGUACUUGGUCCCUUCCACUACCAUGAUGAGGCCUAACUCAGGAUGGAGAAGCAACACAUUCUAUCUAGGUAACCUCCCAUCUGAUACCACGAACAUUGAUUUCUCCAUCACCCAGUCACUGCUCCCCCCCAGCCUACGCUCUUUUUCCAUUCCCCAUUCUGGUUAUCCCCUCAGCCCUUUCUCCACACCUGUCCUUCACCUCCCUCUGGUUCUCCUCCUCCUUCCCCCUCUCCAUAGUCCACUUCUCAUUUCUCACCUUCUCUCUUUGUUCCCACUCCCCCACCCACCUUCUCUCUUACUUUAUCAACUGCCAGCUUGUACUCCUUUUCCUCCCUGCUUCUUAUUCUGGCUUCUGUCCCUUCCCUUCCAGUUCUGAUGAAGGGCCUUGGCCCAAAUUGUCAGCUGUUUAUUCUCCUCCAUAGAUGCUGCCUGACCUGCUGAGUUCCUCCGGCGUUUUGUGUGUGUUGCAGUGGAUUUCCGACAUCUGCAAAAUCUCUGGUGUUUGUGUAUCAUUAUUAAAAACUCACUUAUGUUAUUGAGGGAUAACCUCUGGUUAUCAACGAGGUCAGCCAAUGCAAGUAAAUGAUUUCUCGAGUUUAAGGGCACAUGGGUGCUUUCACAGGUCUUGGAGGACUGGGAAGCCUCCCUGACAUUGUGUGGAAUCUGCCAAUUCAUACAUCAUUCCAUUCCCUCCUCACCGGAAGAGACAUGAUAUGGAACCUGUUAUUCAUUCAACACUCCAUUCCCUCCUCACUGGAGGAGAUGCACAUUCAUAACACUGAACUACUUUGCCAGAAAAUUCUGAGCCAAUAAUUGUUCCCACAUCAAAACUGGCUUUGUGGAACACCCCACAACAUUAUCACCCACUAGACAUACCUGAUAUCAAUGGUUCAGUAGUUCCAUUUAAUAUCAGAGAAUGUAUACGGUAUGCAUCCUGAAAUUCUUGCUCUUUGUAGACGUCCACAAAAUGGCAGGGAAAAAAAAUCCAAAAAAUGAAUGACAGAAAAUCGUUACAUCCCCAAAUCCCCCAUUUCCUUCUCCCACACACAAGUAGCAGCAAAGCAUUAACCCUCCCCUGAGAUAAAAGCAGAGACUGGUAAAAUCUCCCUAUGGGUCAGGCAGCACCUGUGGAGGGAGAAACAGGCAAUGCCAAUGGCAUGAGCUCUGAGUUUUUUUUUAAAUGCAGAGAAUCUGGCUGACCUUGUACAUUUCCCAACUUACUCUGAAGCCAGUCAGAAUUAGAUUUGAUCCACAAUGGCUCAGGUUUUACUGAUGCAUUGAACGGGUUUUUGAAUGUUUGAGCACUUCCAAUUGAUUCCUUAACUUCUAUACAAACAGUAUUAAAUGUCAUUAAAUUAGUUAAUAGAGCUGGAUUACAUAGCGGCUCAACUACAUUACCUAAGUAGUAGGGCUUAUCGACACUUCCACUUACUAAUUCUCCUCUCCAGGCUCCCAUCCCUACUUUAUAUCCUCUCAUCACUUUAUGUAAAGACACUCCUGUGCCUAGAAACACAGUCAAUCUAGAUAUAAUAAGCUAGCUUAUGUUUUUAUAUUUAUUGUGUGUUUUUAUUAUUGUGUUCUUUAUCUUAUUGUUUUUUGUACUGUAUUGGAUCUGGAGUAACAAUAAUUCUGAUCACCUUAACAUUUCUGUACUGGAAGUGACAAAACAGUCUUGAAUCUUGAACUAUUAACACACACACACACACACACACACACACACACACACAAUGCUGGAAGAAAUCAGCAAGUCAGGCAGCAUCUAUGGAAAGGAAUAAAGAGUAGACAUUUUGGGCUGAGACCCUUCAUCAGGACUCGAAAGAAAUAGGGGAGAUUCUAGAAUAAGAUGGUAGGAGGGGAAGGAGUACAAGGUGAGACGGGGUAAAGCCAUGUUUGGAGGGGAACGUGGUUGUGUGGAGAAGGGCGGGGGUGUGAAGUGAAAAGCUGGGAGGUGAUAGGUGGAAAAGGUCAAGGGCUGAAGAACAAGGAAUCUGAUAGGAGAGGAGAGUGGACCAUUGGAGGAAGGGAAGGAGAUGGAGCAGAGGGAAGAGAAGAGGAGCUGUGAGAGGGAAGCCAAAAUGGGAAUGGAAGAUGAGAAAAGGUGGGGGGAGGGGGGGGAAAAGAAAUUACCAGAGUUUGAGAAAUCAAUGUUCAUGUUGUCAAGUUGAAGGCUAUGCAGACAGAAUAUGAAGUGUUGCUCCUCCAAACUCAGUGAGGCACAGAUGGCACUCCAACCCCAGGACGGGCAGCCUCUGGGCUUCCGACCUCUAGGCCAUGGUCCCAGACUUGCACACAUUGAGCCUUUGAACCUCCAAACUUGCUGAGCUCAGAGUUUAUAAUCAUUGUACCUCAUAACUGUAUAUUCUGCUCUGGUUCCCUUACACAUUCCGAAGGUGGGUUGAAACCAAACAUCAAGUGCCAUUUUGUCUGCCAGAAAUUUAUUGGCCCUCCAGCACAGCGAGAUGUCUGUGGAGGGAAUGCUGCAGAAGUAUGUAUUGAGGGAUACAAUGAAACUCAACACAGACAAGGAGCAGAGGCUCUAUGGGGAAAGGUUCUGCUGCCACCAGACAUUGAGGUACUGAGUCCUGUGUAGCAGCUGUUCAUACACUUGAAGGGCGUUUUAUGUGACCGCUGUGAACAGUGGAUUUUGGAGAAAGCUGUGCCCUUGUUAUGAAGUGCAUUUUUCUCAAAAAUUCAAAGUUUAGCAGUUAUUGCAUUAUACUUUUUUUUAAUACUUUGUAAUAAAAC